GGAUAAAGCGACUAGGGAUGCAUGCUUUGUAUAGAGAGAGCGAAGACGAGGACACACGAAACAAAAGUGAGGAGCAUCCACAGAACGAAGAGCCGCACAGAAGCUUCACGUUGCUACGAAAGUGGGGAAUACAAAGGAGGAGCAAGAAUGGAAGAGAAGAGGAGGAAGACAGGAAAAUGAAGAAGAAGAACAAAGCGGAGGAGGAGGAGAGCAGAACAGCGGCGGCGUGCGUCCAAACAUCCGCAGCUCGCCGUGCGGCUGUUACGAGGGCGGAGAUGUAUGAGACCCGAGGCCGCAUAUCUUCGGCGUUGCUGACGGGGUCGGUGCUGUUCUACCAGCGCUUCAUACCAUGGAAGCAGCCGGUAUAUCUGUGGCUGUGGUGCUGCCGAUGA